AUGUCCCCCCCGCGGAGAGCCAUGGUGAGCCCGCUGGUGCUGCUGCUCGGCUGGGCGGUGAUCUCCGGAGCUCAGAACGACACGGAGCCCAUCGUCCUGGAGGGCAAGUGCCUGGUGGUGUGCGACUCCAACCCGGCCACGGACUGGAAGGCGUCGUCCUCCCCGCUCGGCAUCUCUGUGCGCGCCUCCAACUCCAAGGUGGCGUUCUCCGCAGUCCGGAGCAACAACCACGAGCCGUCGGAGAUGAGCAACAAAACCAGAAUCAUCUACUUCGACCAGAUCCUGGUGAACAUAGGAAACUACUUCACAUUUGAGUCUGUGUUUUUGUCCCCGAGAAAAGGAAUCUACAGCUUCAACUUCCACGUCAUCAAAGUGUACCAGAGUCAAACCAUACAGGUGAACCUGAUGCUGAACGGGAAACCGGUGAUCUCGGCCUUUGCAGGCGACAAAGAUGUGACUCGUGAGGCCGCCACCAACGGAGUUCUGCUUUAUCUAGAAAAGGAGGACAAGGUCUAUCUAAAGCUGGAGAAGGGGAAUCUAGUUGGCGGAUGGCAGUACUCGACCUUUUCUGGCUUUCUCGUGUUCCCCCUGUAAAGAAGGGACGACUCUAAGCUCACUGACUUCUUCAUAACGUGUUGUCACCGUAUUAAUCGAAACAUCGCCGCUGCAUCGGCCGGAUCUUUCCGAGUGGUUGAAAGUGACGGAUGGAAAUGGAUAACAUCAGAGGGAGGAGAUAAGACUUUGGGAAAUGGUUCACAUUCUCUGAAGAGCUGUGUCCCCGUCCACGUGAAGGAGACUUGAAAUGUUCCCGCUCCCCACUUCAUGCUCCUGUCACUCAAGGAGCCUCGGAGAGGAACUCUAAAACAUCUAAGAAGUACUUUCUCAGACUCGUCGGAAUACAUUUAGCAUACUGAUUUACUUUUGGGUUUAAACUGUAUAUACCUGCGUUCCUUGUGCGACUGGUCAUCACCAACGUUCUCAAAGUGCUGUUGGGCGGCAGGCGAGGGCUCGAAGCAGAGGGCCGAUGUCACUGAUAACAGAGAUGUAAUUUGUAAAAGUGUGAUAAGUGAUGGAUGGAUUACGGAUUGGGCCUCCGAGGCAGAGAACAACUACAGAGAUACACAACAACUGCAAAGACACGACAAACAACUACGAAAUGCAGAGGAACAACAAAGGGACGCUGCUACAAAUGAGAUGGAAAAUAACUGCAAAGGGAAAAAUAUACCACAGAACGAUGCAAAAGGGUCACAGAGAGACACCGAAUGGCUACAAAGAGACACCGAAUGGCUACAAAGAGACACUCAAUGGCUACAAAGAGAUACUCAAUGCCUACAAAGAGACACCGAAUGGCUACAAAGAGACACUCAAUGGCUACAAAGAGACACUCAAUGCCUACAA